CGAGAAUACGUCGGGGACCCCCCGCGUACGUUGGUGCGACACGCUCACUCAUCUCAGAACGUUACAAGGUCCACACAUCCUCGGUCUACACAAUCGAAGACCGACAUUCGAAAAACUGACCCACGACAGCCACAAGCUCACAGCACAUCAUCCUCCAAUAUGGCCCUUAUGCAGCAGUACUAUGGUCAAGCGGCUGCACACGCUACGCAGUAUGGGCAGCUGGCCGCUCAGUCAACGUCCGUUCAACCUGGCGACCAAACUUUCCAACAACAAGCAUCAACGCAGUUGACUGGCUUUCAUGAGAACCUGUUAGGCUUACAAGGCUUACUGGAUCAACUGGGCGCCGAUAGAGGACUUGCGAACGAGGAUCCUGCAAACGACGUAGAGACUCUCCUCAAGAACGUGGUCAACUUGAACAAAGACGUUCUUUCGUCCACACAAACCUUGGUGUCCAAUCUACCAAUACUUGGACCUAUCCUGGGGCCGAUUGUUUACGACGUCAAGUGUGUCCUUGAGAAGGUUCUUGACGGUGUUGAGAACCUAAGCGACAGCGUGAUCAAUGCCAUCCAGCCUCUGCUUAAAGGAUUGCUUGAUGGUGUCUUAGGAACAUCCCCUACUUGUCAAUCAGGGCUCAAUCUCUUGGGCCUCUGCAUUUAAUCUUCUGACGCUUUGUUCACUACUUAUCAAGGCCACUGUGUCUGUCCUGGUGCUGGCGCCAACAUG